AUGCCCGUGCUAGACACAUCAUCAAACAACACUACAACUACCAUGGAUCUCGUCGCAACUCUGACUCCCGAAUAUCUCGAAUACCUAAACAAUCGCCUAUCAAAGCUAUCCCCGCAAAAGAUCCUGGAAUGGGCCAUCGUAUCGCUCCCAAACUUGUAUCAAACCACCGCAUUUGGUCUCACCGGUUGUGUCAUCAUGGAUAUGGUCGCAAAAGUAUCCGAACCAUUUGGUGAAGAGGGACGCAUUCCUCUUAUCUUUAUUGAUACGCUUCAUCAUUUUGAUGAAACAAUCUCCCUAACUCAACGCUCCACAUCCCGCUACAAUGCUCUCAUCCACAUCAUAAAGCCAGCCGGUGUAUCCACCCGUGACGAAUUCACUGCCAAAUACGGUGCUUCUCUCUGGUCUACAGACGCAGAACUCUACGACUACCUCGUCAAGGUCGAACCAGCUCGUAGAGCAUACGAUACCCUCAACGUCAGAUCCGUAAUCACCGGCCGCAGACGCUCACAAAAGGGCGAACGUGGUGAAAUCCCAAUAAUAGAAGUCGACCAUACCCAAUCACCACCUAUAAUCAAACUCAAUCCAUUGGCGCUCUGGGAUUAUAAAACUGUUUGGGAAUAUAUUCAGGAGAAUAAUGUACCAUACAAUGUGCUGCAUGAUCAGGGGUACAAGUCGGUGGGAGAUUAUCACUCGACGGAACCUGUCAAGGAGGGUGAAGAUGAGAGGGCUGGAAGGUGGAAGGGUCAGGAGAAGACUGAAUGUGGACUUCAUAAAGACUACUUCCAGCAACGACGUAAUGCACAGCUUGCUCAGAAGCGUGCUUUAGCACAAAAGAACCUUGUGCAAUAG